GAAUAAGCGCACCUUCAUGCAGCAAAUAGCAGUUGCAAACACUCCCAUUAAGCUCCCGACCUUUUGAUAAUUGGAAAAAGUCGCAACGAAGAAACGCGGUGGUUGUAAAGUAACAGGUAUCUGUGGUUGUGCUCUAGCUAUCAGUAGAUAGGUGGCAGUCUUCUCCUUCUCCCUCCGUGGGCGUGUAUUUGUGUGAGUUUGCGCGUGCGCGUUAGCGUGUGCGUGCAUGUGCGUGUUUUCAUGCGCGUGAGGGCGUUCGUGUUCGUUUGUGUAUGCAUGUGAGUGUGUGUGAGGCAGCCUGUUGCCAGUGACAGCGUGACAGAGGAUCAAACACACACAGGAACUCACGCUAUAGUUGACAUUUAGAUAUAUGGAGAACUAUAUUUUGUUAAUAGAACUUGAGAAUAGGUGACAUCAUGUUUGUAUUUCCCAGCGGACAUUCACUAUGGAAGCCAAAUACAUCCGAGACAUCACAUAGUGUAAGAUAGGCUGCAUGUUAGAAUAGAAUACUGUUCAGACAGUAGCCAGUACAUGUAGGCUAUCUGACUUUAGUUAUUUUAUUUUUUUACUUUUCAAAAACCGUAACAUCUGUUGGUGACCUAUUUCCAAUACAUAAUAUUCAGAAUGAUUGCAUGUGUUGAUCAUAUUUGAUAAUGACCUGUGCUGAUGUGUUAACGUCCCCAUGAUGGGCGUGUCUGCUUGUGGGUUUCCUUGGGAACUUCCUCCGCAGGUCGCGCCGCCUCGACUCCACCUUUCAGACGGGGCUCCGUCGGCAUCGUCCAAUCUGCUCAGUUGUUCACUCAUAGAAAGGUGUUAGACCAGGCCACCUUUUGACCCCUCGCCGGGCCUCUAAUCUGAACAGAGGAAUUACAAGCAUUCUCCGCUGGCCCACAAGAUGAGACGUGGGGGGGCGAGAGGGAAGUGCUGUCGUAGUAGUCCUGUAGCAGCAGCAGCAGAGACCCAGUGAUUCAAGUUUCCAUCUCCUCAGCACGUCACGAUCUGAUCAUUGGAAAUGAACUUGAGGAUACGCCUGUGUCAGGGAUCCUCCGAUCAUACCCGGGCGUGAUUGUGGGGACCCGGGUCACUCCGGAACAUGGGUCAGACCGCUGUGUCCGCCUUCUCCACCCACCCGAGUGCGGAUGGCCUGGAGAAGUCUGCACUGUCGCCGGCCAACUGCGAUGUGGUGGUGAGCAACGCCAGUCCUACCCAGAAUGCCUCUGGGUUGCGCCAGCAGCGCGGUAAGCUGUCGUCGCUCGGGAAGCUCUUCAAACCGUGGAAGUGGAGGAAAAAGAAGACCAGCGAUAAGUUCGAGGACCUCACUAAAGUACUGGAGAGAAAGAUCUCCACGCGACAGACCAGAGAGGAGCUGAUCAAGAAGGGCGUCCUCAUCGUAGACCAAGACCCGUUUCCACAACCUGCGCCUGUAUCCAUCAAUACGCCCCUGUUCCUCUCAGAAGCAGACACCAACAGCAGCGGGGUACAGAACGGCCAUGCCACGCCCGCCCCAGACGAGCUGCGGGUCGACAUCGAGGCCUCGGCCGCAUCGCUACCCGAGGAACAGCCCAUUGGGCCAGAGGCUCCGGAAGGCGGAGCAGCCAAACCCUCCAAUCCGAAGAAGACUGGAGGGGUUACCAAGACGACCCCCGCUCCGUCGUCCGCACCUCGCUCACGGGCCGCCAAGGAUGGGGGAGGAGGAGCAACCCAAAGCACUGGGACGGGGACCACCAGGACCAACCAGCGGAAGAAGACCUCCACGCUACCCCCCAAGGCCUCCCCUGAGACGGCUAGCCUGCCCGGGGAGCCCCAGGGCGCGGCCUCCUCCAAACCCGCCACCCUCCCCCGGGCAGAGCGGCGGCGGGGCGAUAAAGACCCCUGCUCCGGCCCGGCCCCCCUAAAGACUAAAGGCAAAACCCCCAAAGCCGGCGCCGCGACCUCGGGUCUGCGGGCAAGUGCGGGGUUGGGCGCGGGUGCCGUGGAGCGCGCUGUCGGGACCCCUCGCGUCAACUCGGCCACGGAGGAGACAUCUUUCACGGCGGGCCGGGUCCCGGAGGGGUCCGCACAGGAACAGGAAGCAGAGGGCGGUAGCGGGGAAGGAGGGGGCGGAGCUGAGGGAGGAGAGGGGAAGCCCGCCACGGCGGACUCUCCCGCGCAGAAGAAACCGAUGUCAGCGGAGGGCGAUGCGCCGCAGGGCCUGAGCGUCAACGUGGAGAGCCCAGAGGUGACGGUCAUCCCUGAUAGGCCCACAGACAGCCAGACCAGCGACUCGGACUCAGACGGACCAAUCCUUUGGCUUGACGAGGAGGAGGAAGACGACGAGGAUGACGAGUACACAAACAGUUCCCUGGCCAGUAAGAUCCGCCGGCGGGACACCCUCAACAUCAAGCUCGGGAACCGUCCCACCAAGAGGGACCUGGAGGACAAAAACAUCCUGCCUCGCAGCUCCGACGCCGAGAGGAUGUCGCUGCGCCAGCAGAUCGGCUCCAAACUGGUCAGGCGCUUGAGUCAGAGGCCCAGUACUGAAGAGCUGGAGCAGAGGAACAUCCUGAAACAAAAGAACCUAUCUGAGGAGCAGGAGGCCAAGCAGGAAAUCAAAAGGAGACUCUCCAGAAAGCUGAGCGUGAGACCUACUGUGGCGGAGCUGGUUGAGAGACGGAUCCUGUGUUUCAACGAGUACGUGGAGGUGACGGAUGCUAAGGACUACGACCGGCGAGCCGACAAACCCUGGACCAGGCUCACGCCCGCUGACAAGGCUGCUAUCAGGAAGGAGCUGAAUGAGUUCAAGAGUCGUGAGAUGGAGGUCCACGAGGAGAGCAAACAUUUCACCAGGUUCCAUCGACCCUGACUGCCUGAUCCCUGCCCGUGUGAAUUCCUGCCAGCUGAUGUCCCGGCCUCCGACGCUCACUUCCAUCUGCUUUUCAUUGUUUUUCUACGCAUCUACGGUUUAAGAGAACAUAUACAGAUGAUGGAAAAGGCCUGAUGUGCUUUGCGACUGAAACAUAGAAACAGAUUUAAACAUUUCCCUAAGAUGAGAGUCGGUAGAAGGGCUCAGAGCAGUUUUAUUUAUUUGAAAGUUACAUUUGGGUAUAUUUUUUUCUUUGUUAUGUUUUACUUUUGCCAAAUUAUCUUCAAAGCCUUGUACAACAGAGGAACUAGGAGGAAAUGCAAUGUAUAAGGUUGUGCUUUCACGUGGCUAUCUUAAAAACACAGAGAAAUCUAUUGUAGAGUGUGUCGUAAGAGGACAGGACAUUGGGUGGCUGAUUGUCAUGUGCUGCUGCCUCAUCUUAUCUAAGAGGCCGGGAGGAUAAGAGAAACGUUUGUCUGUGCUCAUAGGUGCCUGAAUAAAUGAGUGUGAUCAUGUGAUUGACCCAUUGAGGACGACUUACAUGCAUCACCACUAGAGGGCGCAGUGUGUACACCAGAGAAGGCGAGGGCUCGUCAGAAGCCAGGCAGAGAAGUAGCACUAGUAGAGUAGCCUAAUUAUCACCAAAAAAUACAUUAUCACCAGACAUAUAUUUGUAGUACAGCCCAAGCCAUUAAUAUACAUAAAUGAUGGAGUUGGUGAGAUAAAAACAGCUAAACAUGAAAAGCGUGAUGCUGGGUCAGCCAACCUAUAAUCACUUUUUUAAUUUAUUAUAGAGUCCCAUCUUUGCGAAGUCCGCUGCCAAGGGUGCACCUCUAGUGCCGUUAGCCCGGCGAUUCAGGUCUAACAACCACUCAUUAAAGUUUAAGAGUGCCCACCAAGAGAUUUCCUUCACCAAUUUUAAAUAUAUUUGCCUUUUAAUCCACAGUGAUUUAAAGCUGUGUCAAAAGGUGCAUUAAAUGAACCUUCCGCCAUCACGGAGUUAAGCUCCGCACGUGUCUGUGGAUCAUAAAUGUAUAAUGACCCCUGGCAGGCGUCGUAAACAGGCAAGAUGCAUUCAGGCGGUCAAACAGGCCUACUUCAUGAAACAAUGUUGAAAGACUAAGAUCCAGGACGAGGGAAGAUGAAAAGAUGAAAGGUGUAGUAGGCCUAGUUGUAUAUGUAGGAUUAUGAGGACAAAAUGCUCCACUCUCCCUAGCCUUUUGGUUUAUGUUACAUGUCCAUAACAUUAACAUAUUUAAUCAUGAUGUGUGUUGCUUCUCCUAUGUGCCCUUACAAUGGAAGAGCGGAUUUUUAUGUAUUCUGUAUUCUCUUCAGGACUCUUUCAGAUGGACACUAUAGACAUGUUCACCUUAUACACUUAUAUAAGCCCAGGGGGUUGUUUCAAUGUACAAAAGCUGCGAAGAAGCACCAACAGUAUUCAAAUGCAAAAAUGGUUCAUCUUUUGAUUAUUUUGUACAGAAUGUAUAUCAAGCAUGUGCAUACAUGAGAAAUGAAGUUUACUAUAAUUAUGGUAUGCUAUAAGAUAUGAUUGCUUUUUUUUUUUUUCAUUCCCCAAAUAUGGUCUACUGUGCAGCUCAUUUGCUGUCCGGACCAGAUCAGGGAGUUUUGCUGUAUAUGCAUACAUUGUAAUUGCUUUGCCAAAACGUUACGUGGUCUAAACAAGCACCACAACUGUAAAUGGACAUUCAACUGUUGUGUAUUGGACUGCUGUUUGCUGGACACCACCUCCACUCCAUCGGAAACAAAUAAAGCCAAGUCUCCCUCUUGGCGCGUCUUGGGAAAAAUGUUUUACCGUAUUUUCUGUUCAGAAUGAUAUUGCCAUCCAAACUGUGAGGUCAUGUUUUAUGCAGACAUUAAAUAAUGAGCUGAAGUCUCCUCUGGGAAACUCUUAUGGGGGCGGACUUUUAUGGAUGUGCUGUACCUGAUUAUAAGUAGGCCUACUUCCUACUGUGCUGGCCGACUUAGGAAGCAUCUUCAUUUAAUCUCUCUCAUUUCUGCCUUUGAACCUGUUAAUAUAAAGGCCUGCUAUUAUUAUUACACUAUAUUGCAAUUACAAUACAUUGCCUAUGUGUCCUAAACUCACCACCUUUGACAUUUCAUCCUGGAAACAUCAGUGUUACAAAAUAAAAGGACAAGUAAAUUCCCUGUUUAAUUAUCACUGCAUAAAACGGUUUAUCUGCAGGAUAAUGCUUUAUUUACCCCCCAAUGUAAUGGGCCACUUACUAUUCAAAGCGACCCAGAAGACUGAAUAGCUCCUUCCCAUUAAAUGCUUAUAUAGCUAGAUCGAGGUCUUCAAAGAUUGGUUUUAGAGAUGUAUUUAUCUUGAUUCAGACACAAUGCUGAAGAGGAUUGAAAGCAGAAUGAGCAAUAGUUUCCCCGCUGUUGUUAUUAUUUUCCAAUUGUAGUUAUUUGUCCCCUGUAGCCAGCUAUUCCAAACUGAAUAGGCCAAACAAAUUGGUUAUAUGAUCAUCAUAAUCAUCUUCCCAGAAGGUGUCCCGUCGUCUGCAAACAUGACGUUAUGAGUAGAAACGGUGUUCUCCAAUGUGCUGAAUAAUGGAUUUGCCAGCCAGGAAUACUGCUGCUGACUCCAAAUCAUGGGUUUGUCAUUCACAGCCAAUUGUUUCUUUACUUUUCCUUCGGUUUUGCACAAACGGUUCACUGAAAUAAAGACAUCCGCACCAGAAAAAG